AUGUGCAUACCCUGUGAUUGUUCUGGAGCAGUUAUGGCCUUGGUGGGCACCAAUGGGGUCGCUCGGAUGGAUUUCCUUUCCAGUAGUCCUCUCUUCGUCACAAGGAUGUGCACAUCUUUCGUCGUCAUCAGUGGGGAAAGGGUGCUCGUUGUUCAAUCAUCCACCAUUCUCCUAGAAUCACAUCCCGUUGCCUCCCUAUUCCACUCGUCGCAUUCGUUGCCUCCCCGUUCUCUCGCGUCUGCUCUGCUCCUCCCUGCAGCGCUGGUGAGCAGCAAGGUGGCAGCGCAGGUGUGUCAGGAGUAUUCACUGGCGGCGGUGGCGAAGGCAACCAACGGAUGGUCCGAAGCCAACUUGCUGGGGGCAGGGGCCUAUGGUGAUGUGUACCGCACUGUCUCUCCCACCGAUGGGGCCACGCCGUGGGCUGUGAAGCGAGCCAAGGUCAUCACCAACGACUUUGACAUCGAGGUGUGUGAGAUGGCAACGAAGCACCACCCCAACCUCGUGCGACUGCUGGGAUUUUCCAUUGGGAUUACCGACAGGAAGAAGGUCGAGCAAAUUCUCAUCUACGAGUUCAUGCCCAACGGGGACCUCUCGCGCUGGAUCGGGAAAGAGGCAGCGACCCCGCUGAGCUUUGAGCAGCGGGUGGGCGUGCUGGUGGGGGCGGCACGCGGCUUUGAGUAUCUCCACAGCUUCAG